AUGUCAUUCGUGGCCAUCAAACUCCUCAAACUCGGCUACGGCCAGGCCAAAAAGCACAAGGCCAAGAAGGACCUCCAAAAGUAUCAAGACGCCGGCGUCUACCCACCCAACCACCCCGAGGAACAUCCCAUGAGCGGCUACCCAGCCGGCGCCGCACCAGGCACAACCAUCCACUACGACAGCCCCGAACAAAGCAAAGGCUCCAAACUAGCCUUCAUGUUCUUCUCCCUCCUCCGCUUCCUGCAAUUCGUCUUCGGACUCACCGUCAUCGGCCUCUACGGCAAAGACGUGCACCACGACCAUUCCGAGAAACACACCUGGCACUCGAAAUGGGUCUACGCUCUCGUCACAGCCUUCCUCGCCACCAUCACCGCGGCAAUCCACAUCAUCCUGCCAUUCGUCAUGCGCAAGGCCAAAGCCAACGGGGUGACCUCGAACCCCGCAUUGCUAUUGCCGCAGUUUGUAUGGGAAUUCGUGGUUACGGUGCUAUGGCUGGCGCUGUUUGGCGUCUUUGGGAAGAUGUACAUUGGCGUGCACGCGGAUACGAAUACCGAGAAGGGACAUGUUUCUACGACGGCGGCGCUGGGUGAUGAGUCGAAGAUUAAUCGAAUGCGCCAUGCUGUCUGGAUUGAUAUUAUUAACUUGGUGUUCUGGGUUAUGACUUCUUCUUGGGUUUUGAUGCGCUGGUUGAAGAGUCGCAAGCUGGUUGCUCCUGGGUUUGAUGCUGAGAAGGGUAAUGUGAUUUAG